AUGGCCAGUGACAUCAAGCCUUACACCGUCGCCGUGCCGGAGGAAGCCCUUGGGAGGCUAAAGGCCAAGCUUGACGCACAUGACCUCCCACAGCGCGUUGAGUUCGAAGACGAUACGAGCUAUGGUGCAUCCGCCGUAGACAUCCGACGCCUCGCAGCCUAUUGGCAUGACGGAUUCGACUGGCGAGCGCAGGAGAGGCGGAUCAAUCGCCUACCGCAGUACACAACUCCGAUCCACGUCGAUGGCUUCGGCACGCUCAACAUUCAUUUUGUCCACCAAAAGAGUGCGCAUCCGGAGAGCAUCCCGCUUCUCUUCUGCCACGGUUGGCCCGGCAGCUUCUUGGAGGUGGAAAAGCUUCUCCCUCUAUUGGUGGAAAAGAGAGAUGGCGUCUCCUUUCACGUUGUGGCGCCUUCGCUGCCGAAUUUCGCCUUUUCUGAUGGUGCUACGAAGAAAGGCUUCGGGCCGCACCAGUAUGCUGAGACUCUGCAGAAGCUCAUGCAGAAGCUCGGCUACAACAAAUACGUCACCCAAGGCGGAGACUGGGGAUACAUGAUCACUCGUCGCCUCGGUGCCGAUUAUCCUGAGUCGUGUGUGGCAUCGCACAUCAACCUGGCCUUCCGCGGCCCUCCGCAGUUCAAGGAGACGCCUUGGACCUGGCUGCAGCACGCUCUUACGCCGUGGUCCUCCGACGAGAAGAAAGGCCUCGUGCGCAGCGCCUGGUUCCGCGAGGAGGGCUUUGGCUACAACCUACUGCAGAGCACAAAGCCCGCGACCAUCGGCUUCGCCCUCGCCGACUCGCCCGUCGCGCUGCUGGCGUGGCUCUACGAGAAGCUGCGCGACUGGACCGACGGCUACCCGUGGACUGACGACGAGGUGCUGACAUGGGUGUCGGUGUAUGCCUUCGCCAACGCCGGGCCUGAGGCGAGCGCGCGCAUCUACUACGAGACACGGCACUCCCCAGGCAGCGCCCAGGUCACGGCCGGGUACAACGGGAGGGUGCCGCUGGGCGUCUCGCAGUUUCCGGGGGACAUCGCGGUCGUGCCGCGGCUCUGGUACCAUGGACUUGGUCCCAUUGUGUUUGAGAAGCGGCACAAGGACGGUGGACACUUUGCGGCGUUUGAACGGCCUGAGGAGCUGGCCGAGGAUCUGAGGACCAUGUUUGGGCGGAAUGGCGGCGCGUCUUCGGUCACCAAGGCACUUUCCAAGCUGUAG